AUGGCACCGUCGCCGGAUUCUGGUGGCCCUCCGCAGGAUGCCAUCCUGCGCAUCUUGAACGCCGCAAAUGACUUUGAUGGCGGGCAUUCCGAGACCCCUGCCGAGUCGGUCGAAAUAAAGCGGGACCCCAUCCGGCCGGCCAUGAAGCCGCGCGUGCUCACCCGAAAUGACCCAUGGGAUCGCGAUGAGCUGUCCCAGCUGCUGCUGAUCAUCCAAGCGCUGGGGCUUUCGGCUGAGCAACUCACGCCAAUGAUCAUCCACGAGCGCGCGCCAGCCGACUGCCUACAGGCAAUCUGCUCGAUCGAAAUCAAGGAACUCCUGGCGGAGGCCCUCGCCUCCCAGACCAGCCUUGAUCGGUGGGCCGAUACAACGCCAGUGCCUCCGGGCGCCGGUUGGCAGCCUGGUCGGCCGCGUGUCCGCCGGCGAUACCUCUCCCUGGGCCGAGAUAUGGCCGCCGAUGGGGUGUGCACCGAGAAUGCCGACAUCCGGGGGGCCGAUGUCUGGGCCCGCCAAUGUCUGGCCACCAGCGAACAGGGAGAGGAUGUCCAGCUGGACUUGGCCGGGAUCUAUGGAUGCCUGGCCUUCGAGCUGGCUGGCGGCCACCGGGGAAAUUAG